GGAGUGGGCUAGGGAGGGCUACGGGAGCGAGAGAGCGGGUAAGCCACUAGCCCAGAAACCUGGAAAUCAACGUAAACUUAGCUCGGAACACGCAAGAAAUGUCUACUUUGACAUAGCGAUAUGCUCGGGGUCGCUCGACAACGCACCGCGCCGUGGGUGUAGGCGUCACGAGCGGGUCGUUUCUGGACAACACUCGCGACGAUCGGUCUCCAGAAAACAACAACAGUGGUAAAAGGGGGGAAAAAGACGUGGAUUACACACAGCAGUGUCAAUAAAACAACAACAAUUUGCGAAGGUGAGCACCAAGGAAGGAAAUAGUAUUCAGACGUGAUAUUCUGUUUUGGUGCGUUCAACAUGUGCUUUCUCGGUGUGAACUUUAAGCUCGGGAAACAAUGACGACGUAACGAAGAGAGAGAAGUCAUCAAGUGUCUCGGACCUGCUUAGCUGGGCUAUUCCUGCUUUCGAACGAAUGCGAGGGAAAGCUAACGCGUGCUAGUUAGCUUGGGGGCUAACGGCGUUCUGCUCAACUUUUGCGCUUGUUCCCCGGGAGCCCAAACACUGACGGAGUGUUCUAAGAAAAGAGGGGAAGGGCGGGCUCCCUUCUGGACUUUUCCCCCUCUACAUUCCCCCACGGAACCAUGGCAGCGGAGGUGAGCAGCGAGGAGACCGCCUCGGUCACAACGGGGACAGGCGGAGGAGGCCCGGAGACGGCCCCUUUCCCUGUCUAUGCCAGGUCAACCAGACCGAGAGUGUCGGAUUUGGGAGCGGUGCCGGUCCUCCGCCAACACUCCAACACAUCACCGGACUCUCUCCCGGACAUGAGUCUGAUUUAUCCCAUGUCGAGUGGGGAUGUCAGUGGAGCAGCCCUGUGCACAGCAGGGAGUGGCGGAGGUGGACAUUCGCUUUUCCAAGGAACAAGCUCAGGGAACGUGGGCGGCAUGUGCGGCUCUCCCACAUCGGAGGCACCGGCCUGUCGGAUUUCGCCUACAUCGGACGGGGUGACCGAGUUCCCCCCACUACCUCCCCCUCCUCUUCCCCCUCCAGGAUGUGGCGGUACGGUGGAUGAAAGCGACCUCCAAGAUGGACCGGAGUACGAGGAGGAAGAGGUAGCCUUCCCCCUCUCUGCACCGCCUACAAACCAGUGGUACCAUGGCAAGCUAGACCGAACCAUAGCUGAGGAGCGGCUGCGCCAGGCCCGGACCCAUGGCAGCUAUCUCAUCAGGGAGAGUGACCGCCGGCCCGGUUCCUUUGUUCUGUCUUUCCUCAGCAUGACCAACGUGGUAAACCAUUUCAGGAUAAUUGCCAUGUGUGGAGACUAUUACAUUGGCGGGAGGCGGUUCUCAUCCUUAUCAGACCUGAUUGGUUACUACAGCUAUGUGUCUUGCCUGCUCAAAGGAGAAAAGCUGCAGUGGCCUGUGGCCCCUCCUGAGCCUGUAGAAGACAGGAGGAGAGUAAGAGCCAUACUGCCAUACACCAAAGUGCCAGAUACUGAUGAGAUCAGCUUCUUGAAGGGAGACAUGUUCAUCGUUCACAACGAACUGGACGACGGCUGGAUGUGGGUGACCAACGUUCGGACGGAGGAACAGGGCCUCAUCGUGGAGGAUCUGGUGGAGGAGUGCCGGGAAGAGGAUCCACAUGAGGGAAAAAUCUGGUAUCAUGGAAAGAUCACCAAACAAGAGGCCUACAACCUGCUGAUGACAGUUGGCCAGGUGUGCAGUUUCCUUGUGCGACCAUCUGAUAACACACCCGGGGACUACUCCCUCUUUUUCCGCACCAAUGAAAACAUCCAAAGGUUUAAGAUCUCACCAACCCCCAACAACCAGUACAUGAUGGGAGGGAGGUACUAUAACAGCGUUGACGACAUCAUCGAGCAUUAUAAAAAAGAGCAGAUUGUCGAGGGUUACAACUUGAAAGAUCCUGUUUCAGUACAGAACCAGGAACAAGUUAUCACUGACACGGUGGAUGGGCGAGAAAUUUACAACACAAUCAGACUAAAACCAAAAGAUGCGUUCUACAAAAAUAUUGUUAAGAAAGGCUACCUCCUCUUUAACAAAGGCAAAGGCAAACGCUGGAAGAACCUUUACUUCAUCCUGGAGGGUAAUGAUGCCCAGCUAAUCUACUUUGAGAGUGAGAAAAGAGCCACCAAACCCAAAGGGCUCAUCGACCUCAGUGUGUGCUCUGUUUAUGGUGUGCACGACAGUCUAUUUGGCAGGCCAAACUGUUUCCAGGUUGUUGUCCAGCAUUUUAGUGAAGAGCAAUAUAUUUUCUACUUUGCUGGCGAGGUUCCAGAGCAGGCACAGGAUUGGAUGAAAUGCCUUCAAACAUUCUGCAGUAAUUUACGGAAAACAACUCAGUCCACCCCCAACAAAAGGCUGAGACAGGUGAGCAGCCUGGUGCUCUAUGUGGAGGAGGCCCAUAAGCUACCAGUGAAAUACUUCACCAACCCCUACUGUAACAUCUACCUGAACAACGUCCAGGUGGCCAAAACGCACCCGAGGGAGGGGCCGAACCCCGUCUUCACUGAGGAGUUCAUUUUUGAUGAUCUCUCGAGUGAAAUCAACAGAUUUGAGAUCAGCCUUAGCAACAAAACGAAAAAGAGCAAAGAAAGUGACAUUUUAUUUAUGCGCUGCCAGCUGAACCGUCUGCAGAAGGGCCAGAUGAUCGACGAGUGGUUCCCUCUCAGCUCCCACGUGCCUCUAAAGGGCAUUGAGCCGGGGUCCUUGCGCGUACGCGCACGCUAUUCUAUGGAGAAGAUCAUGCCCGAAGAAGAAUACAGCGAGUUUAAAGAGAUGAUACUCCAGAAAGAGUUCCAUGUCAUCUACGCUCUGGCCCACGUAUGCGGUCAGGACCGCACCUUACUGGCGAGCCUUCUCCUUAGGAUAUUCAGACACGAAAAGGCUGAAGCCCCACUUCUCAGGACUCUGAAUGACAGAGAGAUUAACAUGGAGGAUGAAGCUACAACGUUGUUCCGGGCCACCACACUGGCCAGCACGCUAAUGGAGCAGUAUAUGAAAGCCACGGCUACGCCUUUCGUCCAUCACGCUCUGAAGGACACCAUUCUCAAGAUCAUGGAGAGCAAACAGUCCUGCGAGUUGAAUCCUUCCAAACUGGAAAAGAAUGAGGACGUCAACCUGAACCUGGCUCACCUCCUCAACAUCCUGUCCGAACUGGUUGAAAAGAUCUUCAUGGCUGCCGAGAUCCUUCCGCCGACGCUUAGAUUCAUUUAUGGCUGUUUGCAAAAAUCCGUGCAGCAGAAAUGGCCCACUAAUACCACCAUGCGGACCAGAGUUGUAAGUGGUUUUGUCUUUCUAAGACUUAUCGGUCCUGCAAUCCUCAAUCCUAGAAUGUUCAACAUCAUUGCUGACCCUCCAUCUUCAACAGCCGGCAGGACCCUCACACUGGUGGCAAAGUCUGUUCAGAAUCUCGCCAACCUGGUUGAAUUCGGUGCUAAGGAGCCUUAUAUGGAGGGUGUGAACCCUUUCAUCAAAAACAAUAAGCAUAGGAUGAUCAUGUUUCUGGACGAGUUGGGGAAUGUUCGCGAUCUCCCCGAAACCACAGAGCACUUUAGGACAGAUCUGUCCCGAGACUUGGCUGCAUUACAUGAGCUGUGCGCCGCGCACUCCGACGAACUUCGGACACUCAGUAACGAGAGGGGGGCUCAGCAGCACGUGUUAAAAAAGCUGCUGGCCAUUACGGAGCUCCUCCAACAGAAGCAGGCUCAGUAUGCCAUGUCCAACAGCAACAGGACAGAGUGCACCAUCAUGUCACUGGCAGCCGCCAUCCAAGUGAUGUGAAUGCCACCUGAGACUCAAAAGUGCCAGCCUGAAGUCCGCUUGUCCUUCUCAGCAUGUGGCCUACUAUCUCCAUAGUUCAAAUGCAAUAUGGCCGCCCUCCCUCGAGCGCGGGAACACAUUUGCUGCGUACGUGAACGUCGUCCUUCCAAAGCCUUUCCCGAAUAUGCGUUAGACGCCGUGUUGGAACGAUCGAUGAUGGACCUGAGCUACAGUCAGCUGCAAAUCUGAUUGAACUCCUUUGAAUAUGGAUUUUGGGGGGCAACCAAAGCACUGAAGUAGCAUCAUCUGCAGUCAUCAGGGAAUUUGAACACGACUACACAAACCGCCUUAAGUCCCCUUUUUACACACCGUCCAUCCCACGACACUUGUUUGAACUAUUUCUUUUGUACGCAGCUUUGUCGAUAGAGGAUCAAAAUGUGUUUGUAUGACAUAGAAAGCUAGUCUUGUUUAGGAAAUGUGUGUGUCUAACCUGUCUUUUGCAUGUGUUCAUCACCACUCUUCACUUCAGCGGGGUACAGGUGUAGCAUAAUUUAUCCAGCUUACCCAAAUCAAGUACGCUCGCAACUUUUACAUUUGGAGGAAUCCAGAUAACUAACAUAGCACAGCUAACACAAUUAACCAUGUCUACUGAAGAAACAGACUUAACUGUUAGCAUGCAAGAGAAUACCAAGUGUUACGGAAAUCGAGUGCUAGCUGAUUAAAAUCAACUAUGUUCUACAUAAAAAAAUAUAUUAAUAGGCCACUGUAACUAUCAAUAUUAAUUAGAAAAUACGAUUUAGCUUUGCUUUGGUAGGUAAACCCCUUGGGGUCCAUUCAUAUUGAUUUGGAGCACUUCGGGGUCAUUUCCUGUUAAUAUCAGGCCACUUCCUGUCAGUGGAAUUGACAUGCAUGGGCUCCAAAGGCAUUGAUGUACAUUGUUGUCAAUGGAGUGGACAUAAAUGAGCAUCACUGGCAUGGAUGUACAGUUGUGGUCAAAAGUUUACAU